CAUCUGCAUGAGGUCACAAGCAAUCACUCGAGCAGAUUGCAAGCCUGGGGGAGGCAAGCUCUGAGUGAAAGAAGCGGGGCGGGGCGGGGCGGGGCGGAGACGAAGGAGGGGCUGGCCUGUGUCCCGCGUGUUCCUGUCACAGAGGGUUUGGUAACUGCUUUCAUCUCGUCCAAAAUGGAUUUCGCCCCCUGUGUCUGCUGCCCGCAAUUUCCCCAGGUGCUUCUCUACGUUUUAUUCAUUCAAGAAGUAUUGAGAGCUUAUUGUGUGCUAGGCCUCUGUGAGGGCCGUUGGGGAAAUAUGAGGCCACUGUGAGGAUCUUGGAUGUACGAGAUUCGACCUAUAAUUUCACGGAGUCUGCAGUCUAGUGGAGAAUGCACACAACAAAAGAAGCAAUUCUGAUAUAGUGGGAUGACUUCGGUAAGCGGAGUGAUUCAGGAUGCUGUAGGGGCACGUGGAAGGAGAACCUUACCAAGUUUUGUGGUGAAGUAGAAAGAUUACCUGGAUUAAGUGAACCUGAGUUGAAAGCUAAGGGAGAGAAAUACACCUUACCUGGGUCAAGAGGAGCGAAGAAACAGAAGAAACAAUGUGUGCAACAGCAUGAUGAAGGGACAGAAAAGUUCAGUUUGACUGAAACAGAGUUGGUGGGAGAGUGAGAAACAGAUGAGACUGAAGAGUUAAGCAGUGGCCAGGUGAGCCAUUAUAAGAACCUGGGUCGCUACGAAUUGGAGUCGACUCAACAGCAGUGGUUUUUUGGGUUUUGGACCUUAUUCUAAGAACAGUGGACAGCCACUGAAAGACUUUAAGUAGGAGGAUGACAAUUAGAUUUCAUUUUCAAAAGUUCACCUUUCUAUGAAGAAUGGACUGGAGAGGAACAAGGCUGAUGGCAAAGAGAUCAGAUAUGAGGCUGCUGCGCUGAUCAGGCAUGGGCCAAUAGUGAUCUGAAUGGGGAACUUGGUAGUGGGAAUGGAGGGUAGUGAACUGAUUUAAAAAUCAACGUGACCUAGUGAUUGGAUGGAUAUAGGAGACUGAGAGAGAUGUCAGAGCCAAAGAUAAGCCCCAGGAUUCUGGUUUGGAUAACUGGGUGGAUGGUGAUAUCUGUCCUUAUAACUCCGGGGCUGUGUGACCUAAGUCUGCAGUCUGAGUACUGUUGCACUUUGUGGGACGGUUCCUCUUUCAUCAUGCUGUUUGGUGACAUCAGCACAUCUGUCUUCACAAAGGCAGGUGGUCUCAGGGCAGUUACCAAGGAUGCCAUCCUUUAAAGCUACAGUAUUGCCUUUGUCCCUUCCUGUGGAAAGACGUGUGGGUUGCGGCUCCCCAGUCACAGCCACAGGGUUUCUGGGUUAUCUACAUUCUUUCUUUGCCUGAAGAACCAGAAAGGCUAGGUUUGAUGGCAUCUCUUAAUAAACAUGGAACAGCUGCAUAAGGAUUUCUGUCACUCUCCUAGGAAAACUUCAAGCAGCACAGGCUACUCAACAUCAUAUCACUCUUCAGUGAAGAGACAAGCCCUCAUCUGUUUCCUCGAAAACCCACACUGUGGCAGCCUCAUUAAUGCAGAUGGUCAUGCUGAAGUGUGGACAGAUUGGAAUGAUAUGUCCAAGUUUUUCCAAUACGGGUGGAGAUGCACCACUGAUGAGAAUGCUUAUUCAAACCGUACCCUGAUGGGCAACUGGAACCAGGAAAGAUAUGACCUAAAAAAUAUUAUACAGCCAAAACCUUUGCCUUCUCAGUUUGGACACUACUUUGAAACAACAUAUGAUACAAGCUAUAAUGACAAAACGCCACUUUCAACCCAUAGAUUUAAGCGAGAGCCUCACUGGUUCCCAGGACAUCAACCUGAACUGGAUCCUCCUCAAUACAAAUACACAGAAAAGUCAAUUUAUAUGAAUAGCUAUUCAAAACCUCAAAUCACGCAUCACCUUGAGUGUGUACGGGAUCUUAAUAAUGGCCAAUUUCAGGGUCCAGGAUUCUCAGAAAGAAUAAGAGGUUUCAUUUCUUCAGAAUAGAAUGUAGGAGGGAGCAUAUUCUAAGCACAACUAAGAAUUUAGCUUGCUGUAACGCAGUCUCACUCUGUGAAUAAAGUAUUCAGAAAAUAUUCUCUACCCCCUUUUGUUGUUUUAACAAAGCUAUAAAUAUCAAAUUUAAGUUAAUUAUAUCUACUCUUAGUUCUAUACUAGGGGUAUUGUAGAAGGAUCUAAAAAGAAUUUUCUCAAGUUUAAACCACUCUGUUCUUGCUUGCCUUCCAUCAGCGGCAGAACUGCAAAAUCCAGAUCACUUAGGUUCUGUUUGACUAGCUGCUUUCUGGACAGAAGCCUGGUAGUAGUCAUUGUCACGAAGUGUGCAUUGUUGUUGAGUUCCUGGGUGGUGCAAACAAGUUACCGUGCUCAGUUAUUAACUAAAAGGUUGGAAUUUCAAGUCCACUCACAGGCACCUCUGAAGAAAAGCCUGAUGAUACUUCUAAAAAUCAGCUAUUGAAAACCCUGCGGAACCAUCACUGAAAACACAGUAAAAAUUUUUUUUUUUUUUUUAAAAAGAAUGCACUAUGGAACACAGCUCUGUUCUGAGGCGCAUGGGGUCACCAAGAGUCAGAACCAAUUUGACAGCAGCUACAACUAGUUGCUGCCUUAGCGAACGUUCCUUCUUGAGUGCUAAAACAAGAAAAAUAUUUUUGAUAUUGUAGAGAAUUUUGAAAAUAUGUAAAAGACAGAAUAGUACAAUAUACUCCCAUUUAUCAUUAUUCAGUUUCAACAACUUAUAACCAAUCUUAUGUACCCAUAUCUACUUUACUUCUUUCUGUGUAAUUUUGAAUCAGACCUCAGAGUUAUAUAAUUUCAUCUAUAAAUACUAGAGUAUAUAGCUCUAAAAGAUAAGGGCUGUCAAUUGUCAACUCCCCCACAAAGAUCAUUGGGGAAAUGUUGAUCCAAAAAACCAAUCUUACUGCAGCAAGGAUGAACACCAACUUGACAGACUUAGUAAUGACUCAAAAGGAGGAUGUUAGAGUAUUAACAGAGCUUUGGGAUAAGGGCUCAAUUGGUGAACCUUUAAAAGUGGGGAACUGGUAGGGAUUGGGUAAAGUUUUUGAAUAGUUUAGGUGGUGAACACAGGGAAGUAAGGGCCUUAAUUUUAUUGUGAUUAAAUUUAUCAGUGGUUUUCUUUUUUUUGUCUCCUGUCAAAGAUGACAGUAUAAAAUAUGGGAAAUACCGAUAGUUAUUAUUUUUUUUUUUUAUGUAGCUAGAUAUAUAAUACAUAAAACUAAAAAACCAAACCUACUGCCAUCAAGUGGAUUCUGGCUCACAGUGACCCUAUAUGACGGAGUAGAACUGCCCCAUAGGGUUUCCAAGGUUGUAAUUAAAGUAGAGAGAAUACUUUUUUCUAGUGUUAUAAUAUAAAGUAGAAAGAAUAUAUUUUCUAGUUUGUUUUAAUAUAGCUGUAUAAACUGUGAUUAAUCUCUAGUCUUUAAAAAAUGGCACAGGUUCUGUUCAAGAUAUAGCUGAACGGGCCUGUUCCACUCUUAACAUAACAAACAUGACUGAACUUUGUUUUACAAAUGGCCUUCAGCCCACAAGACAGCAGCUCAGAAGGCCACCUGACACUUUUGAUCUGCAGCUUUCUUUCUUGCUUCUUAUCUCAGUGUAGACUUGGCAGAACAGUUCCACUAGCCGAGAGAUUCUUAUGUAAGUUUUUUUCCAGCCUGUUACAAACACAGAGUCCAGAUGUCUGAUGUACAUAUCUUUUGUUUAAUAAAGAGUUUCUUGUGAUUGUUUUGUGAUGUAUAAGACCAUCUGUGGGCUUUGUGCUUAAAAACAUUAGAUAACCCUGACCUUCCCCCUAUAAAACCCUGCCGCUAGCUCUUUAGAAUUAGACAGAAUUGAGAAAAAUUUAACCCCCUCUGUCUCUUGGAUACCAGUGUUCAAUAAAGCCCUCUUGCUGCUUACCUCCUCCUCUCUUAGUAGUGGCUUUGUGGCAGGCAGCUUGAAUCCGUGAUUUGCAGUAACAUAAUCUUCAUGGAAGCAGACUGCCAUGUUUCUCCCGAGGAACGGCUGAUGGGUUCGAACUGCCGUCCUUUCGAUUAACCACUGUGGAAUCAGGGGUCCCAUAGAUGUACAGAUAGAUAGAUAUGUACAUAUAUCUAGAUAUCUAUUUAGGUGUUUUUGUAUAUCUGUUUUUUGGUUAUAUAUCUAUUUGUAUAUCUCCUAUAUACCAACUCGUUGCUGUUGAGUCGAUUCCAACUCAUAGCCACCUUAUGAGAUAAAGUAGAACUGCCCCAUAGGGUUUCUAAGGAUCGGCUGGUGGAUUUGAACUGCUGACCUUUUGGUUAGCAGCCAAGCUCUUAACCACUGCACCACCAGGACUCCGUAUCACAUAUAUUACCUCCUAAACCUUCAUUAUUUUAUGCUUUGUAUAUACAUGUGGGAUUUAUGUUAUAUAUGAUGUGAAGGUAGCAUAACGCCCUCCAGAUUCAUCCAUGUUGUGAGAUGCUUCACAGAUUCAUCAUUGUUCUUUACUGUCGCAUAGUACUUCAUUGUGUGUAUAUACCAUAGUUUGUUCAUUCCUCUGUUGAUGGGUACCUAGGUUGUUUCCAACUUUUUGCUAUUGUGAACAAUGCUGCAGUGAACAUGGGUGUCUUAUAUUUUUUCUAUAAGGCUAUCCAGUUGCCCCAGCAUUAGUUAUUAAAGGGACCAUACUUUCUCUAUUGCUCUUCAGUGCCAUUUUUAUUAUAAGUCAAGUGUCUGUGAAUGCAGAAGUUGGUUUCUUAUAUUCCGUUGGCCUAGUUGUCAUUGAGGUUCCUGGAUGGCACAAGCAGUUUGUGAUUGGCAGUUCAAACCCACAGAUGGCACCGAGGAAGAAAGGCCUGAUGAUCUGCUUCCAUAACGACAACAGCCAAGAAAACCCUAUGAGGCAGUUCUACUCUGUAACACAUGGGGUCACCAUGAGUCAGAAUCAACUCAAUAACAAACGGAUUUGGGUUUAGUUGUCAUUCUUUGUGCCAAUACCUCACUAUCUUACUUACAAUAGUUUUAUAAUAAGUCUUAAUAUCUAAUAAGUCAAGUCUUUUUACAGUGUUUUUCUUCAAGGAUAUCUUAGCUAAUUUUUUACCCUUUCCAUUUUCACAUAAAUUUUAGCAUUAGCUUGUUAGGUUCCUCAAAAAGAAUCUUGUUCAGUUAGUGAUUGAAACUUAAUUGAAUUGUUAGAUCAAUUUUAGGAGAAUUGGCUUCUUUACAUUAUUGAGUCUCUGAAUAUCACUUUUUUUUUUUAAGAUCUUUAAUUUCUCUCAAUAACGUUUUAUUUUUUUUACAGGGAGAUUUUACACCAACGUAAUCUUUUGUUAGAUUUAUCCUUCGGUAUUUGAUAGUUUUGAUGCUAUUCAAAUCUUUUAAAAUUUUUGUUUAUUUUUAUAUUGGUAGUACAUAGAAAUAGAAAUGAUUUUUUUAUCUUGACAGAGAAGUAUCCAACAAGCUUAAUAAACUCAGUUCUACUCUGUAACACAUGGGGUCGCUGUGUUGGAAUCGACCCAACAGCAAGGGUAUGAUAAUUUUAUGUUUAACUUUUCAAGGAGUGGACAAACUUUUCCACAGCAGCUGAACCAUUUUACAAUCCCACCGGCAAUGCACAAAGAUUUCAAUUUCUCCACAUUCUUACCAACACUUGUUCUUUUUCAUUUUUCUGAUAAUAGACAUCCUAGUGGGGGGUGAGGUGACAAACCUGUUUUUUUUGUUCUGUAUGCUUUUUGCCAGAAAAGUGACCUUUGUUAUUUGUUUUGAUUUGAUUGCCUUAGAUAGAAUAGAUGGAAUGUUCAUUCUUCAUUGAAGCCAGUGGUUCUUAACCUUGGCCAAUUAGAAUCAUCAAGAGUUCCUAUUAAGGGCCCAAUAGCAAACAUCUUAAGUGGACAUCUUAGAAUCUUGAAAAGAUGUCUUAGAGCUGUAUUUUUACUUGCUUGCCUUUACACUUGAUUCUUAAUUUCUUAAAGGCAAAAAAAAUGUCUAAUUUUAUAACUGGCACAUAACCGAUAGCCAUCAAGUUGAUUCCAACUCGUAGCGACCCAUGUGCUUCAGAGUAGAACUAUGCUCUAUAAAGUUUUUUAAAAAAUAAUUUUGUGUUUUCGGUGAAAGUUUACACAGCAAAUUGGGUUCCCAUUUGACAAUUUCUACACAAAUUGUUCAUUGAUAUUAGUUAUAUUUUUCACGAUGUGUCAACAUUCUCUUUGACUGCGUUCUGAUUGUUCUGUUUCCAGUGCUCUAGUUUCCCUGCCUCUCUUAUCUUCUCUGCUUUAGAGUCAUUGUUGACUUCUCAGUCUCCUGUCGAUGGUUUUUUAAUGGAGCAUUGUAUUCACAGUUAAUAUCCUUUAUUUUGUGUCCUAAUCUUGUAUUUCACUCAAAGGUGAACUUGAGAUAGUUUUGGUUCAAGGUUUAAAGAGUAUCUCUGGGCAAUAGUCUCAGGAAGUCUUCUAGUCUCAACUGGUCCAGUAAGUCUAGAUUUUUUAAGAACUUCAGUUCUGUUCUGAGUUUUUCUUCCAUUCUGUCAGGGUCCGUCUGUUGUGGCCCCAAUCAGAAUGGUUGGUAGUGGUAGCAGGACACCAUCUAGUUCUUCUGGUCUCAGGGUAGGUGAGGCUGUGGCUUGUGUAGGCUUGUAGCCCUGAAGACUAGUUUCUUCUCUGAGAGUUUAUUUUCCUUCUGUCUCUUUUGCUCCUGAUGAGUAGAAACAAACGGUUGUAUCUUAGAUAGCUGCUCGCAAGAUUUUAAGACCCCAGAUGCAACUCAUCUCACUCCAUAGGGUUUUCAUGUUGUAAUCUUUAUGGAAGCAGAUUGCCAGGCCUUUCUUCCAUGGCACCACUGGGUGGAUUUGGACUGCCAACCUUUUUGUUAGUAGCCCAGAGCAAACCAUUUGUGCCACCCAGGUACUUAAUUGGCACAUAAUAGUCAUUAAAAUAUUAUUUAAUGAGUAACCAUUCUAAAUCUUCAGAACGAAGAUCAAAACCAGUGCAGUCACAUCUUCAGAAUAAGAAGUGAAAUGUAAAAUAUAAAAUAAAACUGAAUUUUUCUAAGCAUGAAAAUGUAACAUUUCAAAAUUAAUUCAUUAUGUACAGCCAUUAGGCAAAUACAUCCGUCUAAGAGUCGGAAUCGACUCCACGGCACUGGGUUUGGUUUUUUUGUUUUAGUCUUUUAAGGGUUUCUGAAAUUACAUGUAUUGUUAUAUACAUAUUUCCCAGAAUAAUUAUUUUAAAAAAUGCUAGUUAAAAAAAAAAGCACUUAGCACAGUGUCCACUGGGCAGUAAGUCAGUAAGUGCUCAAUAAAUGUUAUUUUUAGUUGCCAUUGAGUUGAUUCCAACUCAUGGCGAUCCCAUGUGUGCAGAGUAGAACUGCUCCAUAGGGUUUUCUAGGCUGUGACUUUUUGGAAGCAGAUCUCAAGGUCUAUCUUCCGGGGUGCCUCUGGGUGGGUUCGAAUUGACAACCUUUUGGUUAGUAGUCAAGCACUUAACUGUUUGUGCCAUUCAGGGACCUUCAAUAAAUGUUGGCUAAUUUUUUUUUUUCAAAUGCUAGUUAUAAUUGCCUCAACAAACUCCUAACAUAAUUCAUACACAGGGAACGAAGUAGAAUUCUGGAAGAGCUGGUUAUAAAGCACCAAAAAACCUCAAGAUUAAUGAACUAGAAAAGUUCUAUGCUAGCCGCAAACAGGAUGUGAUCUGGAAAACAGUAACAGUAAAGAACUAGUCUAAUUAGACAAGAUAACAAGAAAAAAGGUAAUCUUGCAUAUUCUGAAGAGAUUUUUUGUAUUGAACUUUAGAUGAAGAUUUAUAGAGCAAACUAGUUUCUCAUAAAACAAUUAGUACGCAUAUUGUUUUGUGUCAUUGGUUGGAAACCACACAACGUGUCAACACUCUCCCCUUCUGGACCUUGUGUUCCCCAUUACCACCUUUCCUGUCACCUCCUGCCUUCUUGUCCUUGCCCCUAGGUUGGUGUGCCCAUUUAGUCUUGUUUUGUUUUAUGGGCCUGUCUAAUCCUUGCCUGAAAUGUGAAGCUCUGGAGUGACUUCAUUACUUAGCUAAAAGCGUGUUAACGGACCAUAGUCUCAGGGUUUCUCCAGUCUCUGUCAGACCAGUAAGUCUGGUCUUUUUUGUGUGUGUGUGUGAGUUAGAGUUUUGUUCUACAUUUUUCUCCAGCUCUGUCCAGGACCCUCUAUUGUGAUCCCUCUCAGAGCACAAUCUAAUUAUACUAAACUCAGUCUGGUGGAGGCUGUGGUAGUUGUGGUCCAUUAAUCUUUUGGACUAAUCUCUCCCUUGUGUCUUUGGUUUUCUUCAUUCUCCCUUGCUCCAGACAGGGGGAGACCAGUGGAGUAUGCU